CGGGGAUGUCGCGGCUAAGGGAGGAGCUUUUGAAGAUGACGUUCCCCUGCCUUGAAGACGAAGCGGGGCAGGCCUUUGGCGAGGCGACAUGGGAGAACGCCGUGGACAUGUUCAUCGCGUGUGUCGGCCACGGAUACCACCUGAAACGCCGAAACAAAGUAACGUUAAACGGACUCCCGUCCAAUAUCGCCGUGCGCUCUGUAGAGAAGUGGAUUGGAGAGGUGCGCUCGCCAAGCUCAGAGGAUGGCAGCGUGGAGCACGAGCGCCCACGAGAGAUGGCCAAUGAGAUGACACACGAGAUGGUCCAAGAGCAAGAGGAUUUGAUUCGCCUGAUGUACUUUCAACACAAUGACACGAGGGCUAUUCACAAGACUGUUGAGCGCGAUGGGAUGGUUCUGGGACCGAGAGGGAAGCAGCAGGAACGGUGCUGGAUGCGGUUCACUAUGGACGAGAAGGGGUGCAUCAACCGCGUCGCCUGGGCGCUGGAGUCGCAGAGGACGACGGCACUGCGGUACUUUCCACUCAUCAUCCAGGACAACACUUUCAACACCAACAAGUUUGAUUCAGCAUUCACGUACGAAACGAAAGCGUCGCUCUCCUACCGUUUUGAGAAUGGGUUCGUCAAGACAUGCGCGUGCCCGUUGUGCGCUCAAUUUCUUGGUUAUGCUCCGACCAGAUACAAGUAUCAUCUGGCACUGAUCGUGGUUGUGGACAAGGAGAACUACACCCACAUCGUGUUUCAGGCACUGCUUGCGAGCGAGCGGACGGAGGACUUUGAUUUCCUCUUCCGGGCCUUCAGAGAAAUGAUCGGGGGCGCGCAACCACAGGUGAUCUUCACUGACGCUGAUGCGGCUGCGAUGGCGGCAAUCCAGAAGGAGUGCCCGUGGUCGCGGCACCAGCUGUGCCUGUUCCACCUCGACGAGAACUUGAGGAAGCAUGGCAAGGGUCUUGGGGAGGGUGUCCUUGCCGGGGUGAUUCGAAUGUUCCACAAGGCAGCAUUCGCUCCUACGGAGGAGGCGAAGCAGGACGUCUUCAAUCUGCUGGCCCCGGGCAGCGACAUGUACACGUACAUGGCGGACUCCGUGUUUGGCCCCAAGUGGGUACACCGGUGGGCGAAGUUCGGGCACCCAGGGCUCCCCACGCUCGGCAUCACCUCCACGCAGCGAGUGGAAUCCACGAACAGCGCUUUGAAGCCGGCGAUGCAACGGUCGGGGACUAUGGUCGACGUACACCGGGCCAUCAGCAAGAAAGUGCAGUCAGACGCCAACAAGACGACAAGCGCGUACGCUAUGAAGGACAUGUCGGACGAGGCCCUGGCGGCUAUGGGGUACACGGCCCACACCCUCGCGACUGGUAACGACAACGUUCAACGCCUGCUGGCCGACUUGGGGGCGAACCCGGCUGGAGCGGGGCUGCUUUACGGCACUGGCGAAGAAGGCGCCGAUAUCACCCUCACCACACGGACCUCCAUCAAGUUCUUCGCGGAGUUGCUGCGGGACCAAGUUGUCGACCGACUCGUGCGCGUCACCAACACGUUUGGGUCCCAAACCCAGUACUGUCACCUCGUCGCCCUUGGACCCGACGGCUUCUUCCUGUGCACGUGCCUGAGGAUCCCAACCGACGGCCUCGGCUGCCGGCAUGCCCUCCGGGCCUUGAAAGACGGGGACGUCGGCUUCACCGGAGCAUCUAUCGCAAACCGCUGGCGUGCGGGGCUUCCGGGAGAGCUUCCGGCCGCACCUGCGGAUCCCAGCGUUUUUACCUGCUCCAAAGCCACGGUGAGAUCUAGCGCAUGGGCCAGCUGCUGCGCCUUCGGGAAGGAGCUCGCAAGUAUCACAUCAACCAUCGACAGCAUCCCCGCCAUUACACGCGUCCUGGAGAACCUCAAGAUCCAAGCGCGCCAGAUGGUCGACGUCGAGUUGAGGUCGCAACACGAAGCGUCCACGAGCCGGGUGUUCAAGGGGGUCGUUGCAAGGCCUACGAAUGGAACCCAACCGCCGGAGGAAACGAGGCCGGGCGGGCGUUCUGUGCGCGGGAGACGCGGAGGAAGAGGUGGGAGAGGACGGGCGGGCGCUGUACUUUCAGCGGCGGGCGUUCCAAGCCCUGGUGGGGGGCUUCCGCCGUUGCAACAACCGGACGGGGCUAGCGCCACCAGCGAGGGAGGGGGGGGAGGGGGCGCUGGCGUCUCAGCCGUGGGCGCUGGAAACCCCGGCGUGGGGCUGCCGGCCACUAGCAUCAGCGGGGGGGGGGGGGGGGGGUCGCCGUUUCAGUCCCUGAGCAACGCACCUGGUGGCGGGGUGGGGGGGGGGUCGCUGUUUCAACCCCUGAGCAACGCACCUCGUGGCGGAGUGGUUGGGGCGUCGCCGUUUCAACCCCUGAGCAACGCACCUUGUCGCGGGCUGGGGCAGGCUUCCCUAGAUCUCCCGUCCGCGGCGUUCAACAGCGCAACCUCCUGUGCCCCAGAGAACUUCCAACAAUCAAGACUGAAUGGGGAACUGUGGCACGGCGAAAACCCCGGCCAGGGCCUGUCUUUAGCGCCUCAAGACUGCGCUUCUCUCCAUGAAGUACAAACUCCCCCGGUCCAGAGGCAGAGAGGAUCGUCCAAGAGGAAAACCACCACGAAACAACGGGACGGCCGUGGGGGAGGACAGCACGUCAUCCAAGGAGGUGCCGCGGGCGCGUGGGGGGGUACGUAGGCGCGGCAAACUCGUGGGUCCUAAAGUGUUGCUUCCGGUGGUGGGCAUUAUGGUGUAGGUUCUCGCCUGCGUCGUAGGACUUU